AGUACAUGCCAGGGUUUUUAUCAUUUUACAUGUUUUUUAGUCUACCCCGGAGCUUUUGGUUGUUGCAAUUGAAGCCGAUAGACAAAACUCAAUCCGUGGCGACUUCAUCAAGACCACUCAACUUCUGACGUUGCUCCAACCUUAGUUUUCCGGUGAUGGCGGCGGCGUCUCUUGCUACUCAACUCUCCUGCCCCACCACUCUCAUUCGCCGAUCUAUUCCCGCUUUGGCCACUCUCUCAGCUACUCAAUCGUUCCCCGCCGCCGACUCUCAUGUCCACCUCUCGCAUUCUAGUAAAGGCUCCCGAUCCGUCGUAGCCAUGGCCGGCUCUGGAAAGUUUUUUGUUGGCGGGAAUUGGAAAUGUAACGGAACAAAGGAGUCCAUAACCAAGCUAAUCUCUGACCUGAACAGCUCAAAGCUAGAGCCUGAUGUUGAUGUUGUGGUGGCGCCUCCUUUUCUGUAUAUUGAGCAAGUAAAGAGCAAUUUAACUGAUCGGAUUGAGAUUUCUGCUCAAAACUGUUGGAUUGGAAAGGGUGGAGCUUUUACAGGAGAAAUCAGUGCUGAACAAUUGAAAGAUAUUGGAUGCAAUUGGGUCAUUCUUGGUCAUUCCGAGAGGAGACAUAUUAUUGGAGAAAAAGAUGAAUUUAUAGGAAAGAAGGCUGCUCACGCAUUGGGCCUGGGUAUUGGAGUUAUAGCCUGCAUUGGGGAACUUCUAGAAGAAAGAGAGGCAGGAAACACAUUUGAUGUUUGUUUCCAACAAUUGAAGGCUUUUGCAGACGCUUUACCAAGUUGGGAUAAUGUGGUCAUUGCGUACGAGCCUGUAUGGGCAAUUGGAACUGGCAAAGUGGCCACACCUGAGCAGGCUCAGGAAGUGCAUGCAGCUAUUCGUGAUUGGCUUAGUAAGAAUGUCUCACCAGAAGUUGCUUCAAAAACACGUAUCAUCUAUGGAGGUUCUGUGAAUGGAAGCAACAGUUCCGAACUUGCAAAGAAAGAUGACAUUGAUGGAUUUCUAGUAGGAGGCGCGUCCCUAAAGGGUCCCGAGUUUGCAUCCAUUGUUAACUCUGUUACUUCCAAAAAGGUCACUGCUUGAUUAUUGUUACUCGAUUUGGUUUUGGUGGUAAGAUAGCAAAUAAAUGGCCUGGAGAAAUUUUGAUAGAACUGCUCAUGUUUCAUAAUGUAAACUUGAAUAAGGCUUUAGGGCCAGAGUGAUGGCAUGUAAUUGCUCUGUUGUGUAUUGUACUAUUGUAUAAUGUGACACUUCUGUUUACUUACACACGGAGAAGAGAUUAGGCCUCAGGGAUGAGAUUUGAUAACAUUCUUAACUGCGCAUUUUAUGGCAUUUUAUUUUGGUUGUGAGUUUGGAGCAUGAAAUGAUAAGUUUUAGAGGUUAUGAUGUUGAGCGUCGAGUAUCAUGUACUCCAUCUAUAGACUAUUGUGUUCGGGUGUCUCUCAUUCUGAUUUAUUAGAUAAAAUCAAAAGUAAAGUGUUUUAUUAUGAUCUUUAAAAGUAAAAUGUACACUAUUUUAUUUUGUUCGUUA